AGUUUUUUUUGUUUUUGUCUCGAAAUAUGUGUUCGUAAUUUAGCGUUAACGUUCUUGUUAUUUUAUUUUAUUUUUGUUCGUCACGGUUUCAUUCUGGGAAAACUAUCCCGACGUUUUCUUCUCACUCGACAGCGAAGAACAGAACAUGUCCGUCGAUAGAGACGAGACUCAGCAGAGGUUAAAGGCAGCGGUCCAUUACACCGUGGGUCGCCUGUGUCAGCGGAUGGGAGAGGAGCACCGGAGACCGUUCAGCCGACAAGUCGUGGCGGCCAUAACCGAGACCGCGUUCAGGCAGUGCGAUAUUUUUGCUAAAGACCUGGAGGCCUUCUCACGGCACGCUAAAAGAAGCACGGUGUCUCCGGAUGAUGUAAAGCUCGUAGCCCGUCGUAGUACCGCAUUGUCUGUCUACAUACAAAAUAAAAGUGAAGAACUGAUCCAGGAGCAGAGGGAUUUGAAAAAGAAGAAUACUGGGAAGAAGAAAAGCAGAGACAUUGAGGAGGAGAGCAGAGAAUUAAGAGUGGAAUAAAGAGUCUCACUGGUUGCCAACAUUCAAAUAAACAAUGUUUACUUAUACAGGACAUUAGAUUACGUGUCAUUAACGGUGCCAUAUUUUAUGAAAAUUAUGCAUUUCAACUUUCAAGAGUUCUACCAAAUAAAUCUGAUACAUACCUACAUUUUGAAUGAAACAACUUUUGUGAGUUGUUGUGAUGUCAUAUUGUAGCGCACUGGCACAUUAAGUAUAAAUAAAG